CAUCUCCAGCAGGGAGCUGACUGAACUCAUCGAGCGCCUGCAGAAAAAUGCCGACCAGGUGGAGAAAAACAUCGUGGAGACUGACUCCCGGAUGCAAAAUGACUUGCACAAGAUCAAGGCAUGCCAGGUAGCACAGUACAAGGACCUGACCGCGCAGAAGCUCACCGAGUCUGACAAGCUGCUGUAUGUGCUGGAUGGGGACGCAGCCAUCGCCCGGCACAUGAAGCACCCCCAGGGUGACAUGAUCACAGAAGACAUCCGGCAGCUGAAGGAACGAGUGGCAAACUUGCGUGUGAAACAUGAACAGAUCUACAGCUUCCCCCUGCAGCAUAUUGAGCCCCAGGUCAACUGGACAACAGUGAUUGAGGAGAAACAGGACGCAUUAAGCAGCAAGGGCUUCGGGACCGACCUGCCACUGGUCAACAGCCAAGUAGAAGAGCACAACAUCUUCCACAAUGAGGUCAUGGCCAUCGGCCCGCACAUCGCCAAGGAAGGCAGCAAGGAAUACAUGAGUGACUUCCAAGACAAGUACCAGAAGCUGUUGGCUGGCUCCCAGCAGCGGCAGCAGGAUCUGAACUCCCUCCAGGACUACAUGCAGCGCUGCACCAACAAGCUCUACUGGCUGGAUCAGCAGGCAAAGGACAGGACCCAUUACGACUGGAGCGACCACAACCUGGACUACCCCAGCCGGCGCCGCCAGUAUGAGAACUUCAUCCACCGGAGGCUGGAGGAGAAGGAGGAAGCCAUCAACAAGCUGCACGCGGAUGGAGAUCAGCUGCUUGCCCAGAAUCACCCCGGGAAGAAUGCCAUUGAGGCUCACAUCGAGGCAGUGCAUGCUGACUGGAAGGAGUACCUCAACCUGCUGAUCUGUGAGGAGAGCCACCUGAAGUUCAUGGAGGACUUCCACAAGUUUCAGAAAGAUACUAAGGAUGCCCAGGAGCUCUUGAAGAAAGUGGAUACAGACCUGGACCAAAAAUUCAGCCCGGAGUUCAAGGACAGAUACCAGCUGGAGUCUCUCCUCCGGGAGCUGGAUGACCAGGAGAAGGCCUUGGACAAAUACGAGGAGGUGGUGAAGUCGCUGCAGGAGCGCAGCCAGCACAUCCUGCCCCUGCGGUACCGCCGCGAGACACCGCUCCAGCCUGUCCCCGUGGAGGCUCUCUGCGAGUAUGAAGCUGCUUGCCUCUCCAAAAAGGAAAGCCACAGCACAGCCUCAAGAACGCCUUCCCAUCUCUGCCCUAGUGGGAAUCUGCUUGUUGGCCAGGUAAACCGAGGAGCCCACUACACCCUGCAGAAGAACAGUGGAGACAUUUGGGAAGUGGCAGACAGCUCGGGAGACAAGAUCAGCGCCCCGGGGGUCUGCUUCAUGAUUCCCCCGCCUGACGCAGAAGCAAUAGCACUGGCAGACCAAAUCGCCAAUCACUACGUGAGCAUGAAGGAGAAGACAGCCAACUGCAAGAACAUCCUCCAGCAGCGAUAUGAGGGGUUGAAGGCAGACAGCAUUGGAGAUGCUGCAUCGGUUCGGGGACGUCAGCUUCUGGCAGGACUGGAGAAGGUGAACAGCGACCUGGACAAGCAGGAGAAAGCCAUAACAGCAAACCUCCGUCCACCGCUGGAGCAGAGUCGGGCUGUGCAGGACAGCACCGAGCGUUCCAAGGACCUCAAGAACAUCACCAAUGAGGUUCGUCGCAUUGAACCCGAGAAAACGAGGAAGAUCCAGGAGUGUGAGGUCUUCAUUGAAUCCGUGCCCAACACCGGCAGUGCCACCUUGGUAAAGAACAAGGUGGAGAACACCAACAAGAAGUACGACCGCGUGGUCCAGCUGCUCAGCGCUGCCCAAGAGAAAGUUGAGGUGGCCACGCACCUUGAGAGGAGUCUCCAACAAGGCCGGGAUCUGUUGUCUACCUACGAGAACCAACUGGUCACAGAUGACACGGUACCAGAGGACUUGCGGGUGGUAGACCGUAAGAAAGAAGAGCUGCUGGCCAUGAGCACCGAGCUCCAGUCCAAAAGGUUCCUGCUCAAUGAAGCAGAGCAGAACUUGCUAAGGACAAAGACUUGCUCCAACACCCUGGCCAGCAAGUUCCAGGAGCACUGCCCUGAUAUUGAACGUCAGGAAGCCGAGCUCUACAAACUCAACCAGCGCUUCAACAACCUCAGCAAGCAGAUCGACCACAGGUAG